AUGGCUGAGACUGCUGGGUUGGUCUUUGGGGUAGCAUCCUUUGCGCUCCAAGUGAACGACAUGAUCGGACGACUGCAGAAUGCCCGUAAGUACAUCAGGAGCGAAGCUAGAGAUGAGCUUGAGUCUCUGGUUCAGCGCCUUGAGAUCUUACAACAUAUUCUGCUAUCCCUUGAGUCUGUACAGGCGUCUAGGAUGGUCAAUCUCGCCAUUAAUAGUUGCCAGCGAGAGUACAGUAGCGUCGACAUUGCCCUCCAGCGAGUGAGUGAAAGAUUAUCCAAUUCGAGGGGCAGAAGACUGCGAGUUGUUCGACAUAGUGAUCGCAUCAGGGACGAUCUCAGAGGCAUUGGGCAAAAGCUUGACUAUGUUAUGCAGCCUUUGACGUGUGCGAUAGGGCUCGAGACUCGCAUGCUGGUUCAGGAUAUACCCCAUAUCGUCUCCUCUGCCAUGGUCGCAAACGAGCAGACGCAGACACGGAGUUCUACGUCUGAAACUCAGCUUAGCAUUGCUGAACCCCCGUCACCACGUACAGCUUGUGCAUAUCUCGAACCGUCACCACGACGGCCGCGAAAGACAGACUGUACCGUUAGGCACUGCCACUGCUCAUGCCAUUCAGUACGGCGCAGCUCAGCCCGUUUCUGGGCCUUUGAGUAUACCACACCGACCACGUUCUCUAGCGAGUGUAGCAAUCCAAAGUGCACAGCAGCCUCUUACCGCGGGAACCUACAGUUCGCCCUCUCCAGAUACGGCAUUCCGCUCAUGGUGAAAGCUGGCAUUGAAUUCAUCGCGGGGUCCGGGAUGUAUUCGCUCAGACCAGCGCUCAGCACAGAAAGAGUGGUGAAAUACACUUCGGACGGAUUCAAAGCACUUGCGCAGUUCGAACGAGGGCUGCUCACCCUCCCUGAAGUUCAACAGAAGUUCCGGGAUCUCAGCAGACAUGACGCUUCGUUGAAACAUCAUAUACAUCCAGGCGGACGCAACUAUGUCCAGGAGCUCCUUCACUACACCCCGGCUGGAAUCGGGGGUUCGGCCGGCCGCUUUGAACUCCUGGAAUUCUUUGCCUGUGAACUAGGCAUGACUCUGGAAAAUCUAGACCAAAGAUUUCUGGUUCGAUGCGCCAAGUGGAUUGGCGAAGCGCCGCAUAUUGACUUGCUCGAAGCGAUCCUUGAGUAUGGCUUUGACCCUGGCCUCAUUGAGUCGCCUGCUUACGAGGAAUGGCCUUCGCCCUGUUCACCGGAUUGGUUUGCUGGAGAAUUCACGCCGGACCCUUUCUUCAUCGAGUAUCUUGCUUUACUUGCAAAGGCCAGCCCAGGAUUUGCUGGCUUGACUCCUCUCCAUGAAAUUGUACUCCUGAAACCACCAAUCGAGGUGGCUUCAUUUCUGUCACGCUCGUCAAUACAUAUGGAGACGAACUUUCUAGGGCAAACGCCCCUACAUAUGGCGACUCGAGAUGUGAAAAUAGUCCGCCUACUGGUUCAGGGUGGUCAUGACAUGGACAUCCCAGACAACCACGGUAUCACGCCUCUAAUGUACGCUGCGGGAAUGGGCAAUACAGAUGUGGUCCACUUCCUCAUUAACCAAGGGGCAGACCUUUUUGUUCACGAUACAAGAGAGAAAAGUUCUUUUAUCGGGUAUGCCGAUGCUCGCGGUCAUUGGCAGCUGAUAAUGGAUGCGCUUGACACUAUCCAAGCCACCUACCCAAGGAAGGUCUUUCAGUACUUUCUCUUCUCUGCGCUGAUGCGUCUCAUAUUUCGUAGACGUAGCAUGUGGCUGCCUAACGAAUGGAGCAUUUACUUUGCAAAGCUCGUGGCUCGAGGUCCAGAUGCCAUUUGCAACAUAGGAUUCCCCAAUGGCAUGGAUGAAACUGAAGAUAAUAAUUUUCUGCAUUUCAUCUCGAGCCAUGAAGAUGUCGAGGUCCUCGUGCGGCACGGCUUCAAGCUGUUCAAUCAACCCAACAGUGCAGGGAAUACUGCCAUAUUCUCGCUGGCUGGGAUAUUAGAUCCAACUCUGCUACAGUCCUUGCUUGGCCAUGGAACCAACAUUAACCAUGUGAAUCACAAAGGACGGACUCUUCUCAUCCUGUUGCUUAAAAAGAUGAAUUAUAUGAGCCACCGGGCUUUUGAUGUAAUGGAUUGCGUUCGGAUCUGCCUCAGGAGCGGCCUCGAUAUUUUUCUAUCCGAUUGUUGCCGGUGUCCCUGCUCCCCCGAAGGAUGUUCUUUGCCUGCAGCUUUCGAUAUUACUUUUCCGGAUCAUUUAUGGACAGACACGCCCUCAUUUGUAUGGGCGUUGGAAUUUCUCUCCCUCGUGGAGGAGUUCAGAGGCCGCGAGGACUCGAAGAGACUCUUACUCAGUUUUCUACGCAGAACAUGCUCUGACAGAGUGGGAGUUACGCAUGUCUGCUGCCAUAGGGGGAACAGCAUUAAGGACAACACUCUACUACAGCCGGAAAGGGAUAUGGCCGAGGACGACAUCGACGAGAUUUUAGAUGAAGAGGAGGAGUUCAUCACAAGCCUCGAAGAUGAAAUGCUCCCAUUGGAUUCGGAGACUCUAGAGUGUUUGCGGACUAAAUGGAUUGUUAUGCUCAAAGAGAGAUAUCAGGAACAACUUGAGGCGGCGGAAAGGGCCAGAAAACAGAAUAAUUACUACAAGAAGCCUAUAAAAGAAACGUUCGAGGUUGAUGAAAAGAACGACACGUUCCACCAUGUAUUUCCUUCAGACUAUAUCCUCCCCAUCCCCCCUUGUGUAACUCGCGAUAUGGCCGCGUACGUCAUCUGGCUAGAGCACCAGUACUUUCGAUCUAAAGGCACAUGGGAUGUCGACCAGAGAGAGGCUUGGUACAAGAGACGGAUUGACUGGUUUGUUGAGCUUAUGCAAAUCAUGGAAGUUGCCAUCAUGACACUCACCGAAAAGGUCGACUCUAUAAUCAGCUACACAUCAUGGGAGGACAGAGAUAGCCCUGAUAAGGAUCUUAUAGUCGGUCACUUCACUGCCUCCGUGCAGAGUUCGGUGAAUUGGUAUAAGCACGACUAA